GGCGGCAGCGGCAGCUGCAAGUUGGGCUGCAGGGGCAGCGCAUACACUACAAUGGCUGCUGGAAAGAGGCGUAAGGAAACAAUUUCCAGGCCCGCCGCGUCCAGCCCGAAAUAUGAGAAAAAAAUUAUUAGAAAUUCCGCGGGCGGUGUAAAGGCGGCGGACGGGCCGGAGGGAGGAUGUUAAAGCCCCGCGGUUGCCUCUUGGUGCUGCAUUGGCCGUAUUUGGCACCCAGAAUGCUUCAUUCUAUCAUGGUCUAUUAAUAAAUUUACCUUGCUAGAGUUUGGAGCAGGGGCUCAGAUUGGCCAAAAUGGGAAGGACUGGAUUCCGUUCUCUUCCACGAAGAGUCAGUGGGACUGGCUAAGGUCAAGGUCUGAGGCUUUUUCCAUCUGUCAUCAGUCCCUUUUUGCUUUCUUUUACGACCACAUGAAACUUGAGAAGCCACCUAAAGCUAAAUCAUUUAGUGGAGUUGGGCAGUUCCCAAGUGUCCAACAAGAAGGCCUGGUUUAGGCUGCGAUGGCCACUGUCAUUCCUGGUGAUUUGUCAGAAGUAAGAGAUACCCAGAAAGUCCCUUCAGGGAAACGUAAGCGUGGUGAAACCAAACCAAGAAAAAACUUUCCUUGCCAACUGUGUGACAAGGCCUUUAACAGUAUUGAGAAAUUAAAGGUUCACUCCUACUCUCACACAGGAGAGAGGCCCUACAAGUGCAUACAACAAGACUGCACCAAAGCCUUUGUUUCUAAGUACAAAUUACAAAGGCACAUGGCUACUCAUUCUCCUGAGAAAACUCACAAGUGUAAUUAUUGUGAGAAAAUGUUUCACCGAAAAGAUCACCUGAAGAAUCACCUACAUACACAUGACCCUAACAAAGAGACAUUUAAGUGUGAAGAGUGUGGCAAGAAUUACAACACCAAGCUUGGGUUCAAACGUCACUUGGCCUUGCAUGCUGCAACAAGUGGUGACCUCACUUGCAAGGUCUGUUUGCAGACUUUUGAAAGCACAGGAGUGCUGCUGGAGCACCUUAAAUCUCAUGCAGGCAAGUCAUCUGGUGGGAUUAAAGAGAAAAAGCACCAGUGCGAGCAUUGUGACCGCCGGUUCUACACCCGGAAAGACGUCCGUAGACACAUGGUGGUGCACACUGGAAGAAAGGACUUCCUCUGUCAGUACUGUGCACAGAGAUUUGGCCGAAAGGAUCACCUGACUCGACAUAUGAAGAAGAGUCACAAUCAAGAACUUCUAAAGGUCAAAACAGAACCAGUGGAUUUUCUGGAUCCAUUUACCUGUAAUGUUUCUGUGCCUAUAAAAGAUGAGCUCCUUCCAGUGAUGUCCUUACCUUCCAGUGAACUGUUGUCAAAGCCAUUCACAAACACUUUGCAGUUAAACCUCUAUAACACUCCAUUUCAGUCCAUGCAGAGCUCCGGAUCUGCCCACCAAAUGAUCACAACUUUACCUUUGGGAAUGACGUGCCCAAUAGACAUGGAUGCUGUUCAUCCUUCUCACCACCUUUCCUUCAAAUACCCAUUCAGUUCUACCUCAUAUGCAAUUUCCAUUCCUGAAAAAGAACAGCCAUUAAAGGGAGAAAUUGAGAGUUAUCUGAUGGAGCUACAAGGGGGCGUGCCCUCUUCAUCCCAGGAUUCUCAAGCGUCGUCAUCUAAACUAGGGUUAGAUUCUCAGAUGGGGUCGCUUGAUGAUGGUGCAGGGGACCUCUCCCUGUCCAAAAGCUCUAUUUCUAUCAGUGACCCUCUAAACACACCAGCAUUGGAUUUUUCUCAGUUGUUUAAUUUCAUACCAUUAAAUGGUCCUCCCUAUAAUCCUAUAUCAGUGGGGAGCCUUGGAAUGAGCUAUUCCCAAGAAGAAGCACAUUCUUCUAUGUCUCAGCUCCCCUCACAGACACAGGAUCUUCAGGAUCCUGCAAACACUAUAAGUCUUGGGUCUCUUCACUCACUGUCAGCAGCUUUCACCAGUAGUUUAAGCACAAGCACCACCCUCCCACGUUUCCAUCAAGCUUUUCAGUAGGAUUCCAGGACAUGGAUUUAUUAUAGAAAUUUAUGUGUAGCCCUGCCUUAGAUGACUCUUUUUAUUUUAGUGCCUACUUUUAGAUAGUAUAAAAGUUUCUGCUUUUAUAUAGUACCAGUAUUCAUUAAGCCAGUAUAAAAUAGAAACUAGCUUUGGAACCAUUUGUGUUCAGUUAUGUUUACCUGAGUAUUUUGUCCUAAUUCACUGCCAAUUGUCAUAUUUUAAGAUUAUUUUUCAUAUAGGAAAGCCAUUAUUAUUAGUAACGUCUUACAAAUCCCACAUUUGAAUUACUUUUUGAUCUUAGACUUUUUACUCUUUCCAUUACUAAUGGCUCUACCUUUUGACAUUUGGCUCAUUUAAAAAAUUGCAAUAUAAUGUAAAUUUUCUAAAAUGUGAAUAUGAAUAACCCAAGAGAUUUUUAAAUUUUUACUAGCCUCUAAGUGGAUUCAUAAUCAUAUAUUUCAAGUGAAUUAAGAGUCCAUUGUGGGGAGAUAACAGAUGCUUCUUAGAUGUACAGUAACUUCAGGUCAGUAUAUUUUGAAGACUUGCUGUUGUCUGGCUCAAAUAGUUCCUGUCUCUGUUGUGCACAUACAAGGAAAACAAAACCUAAACACAAAGCACCAGUAUUUAUGGCAAAAAGAGACUCCUAGUAAGUUGAUAUGGUAUGGUAUUUCAUGUUACUCAAUAGUUGGCCUUAAAUUAGUACACAGGAUAUUUUGCCACAUUUCAAACUUUUUAACUUGCUUUCUUUGCAUUUAAUAAUACUUCAGAGUCAGUUCAUAGGUAGCUCUCUCUAAUAUUUUCCACCUUUCAAGGCCAAAGGGUGGGUCAAAUGCAGCCAGCAAUUUUAUUUUUAUUGUUAGUCCAAAAGCUCUGGACCAACUAUGGUCCAGAAUCUAGAGCCAUCGUGGAAAACAGGUGUUAGGUGUAUCCACCCCAGAAUGAACUCUCUCAUCUUAGAUGGUUUAUUAAACAUCCUGAACUGGAAGAUAUGAAGCAUACCUUUCAGUCUGGGGACUUAUCUAGGGGUCAUGCCCCUUGUUGCCAGAGUUGGAAACUAGACUAUAGAGAAGUAAAGUAAAGCCUGUUGCUUAUGUCACUUGUAGCUAAAUUUGAUAACAUUUUCUUUCCCAUAAGAGCCAAUAGCAGAAAACAACAGUUUAGCCCCUUAAUAUCUUUCUCAUUCAGUGUUAAUUUGUCUUUCCUUGCUAUUUUCAAAUGGAGAAUUUAAAGUGAAAUGCAGUAGAAAACUAUUUGAGGAAUAACCACAAAGAUUUAAGCAACUAAAAAUAUAUACAGUAAAACCCACUUUUACUUGUCUCUGGGAAAUGCGGGGAAUGUUGCAAAUCAGUAAGUUGAAUUUUUAGAGGGAGAAAAAUUAAAGUAAAACAAUCACUAUCUAAAUAUGAAAAUAAUCAAGAAUAUUCUGUUCACUGAAUAAAGUAGUUGUGGGUUUUCCUCAUAUUAGACACUCACCAUAAUCUUGUGAAAUGUCAAAUUACCAUAUUUUUCUAAUUAUCAGUAGGGACAUCAAACUAAAAAACCAUACCUAUUAAGCACUUGUUAACACCUUAUUUGGGAGCCUCUCUG